CGGAGCCAUUCAAAGGCUGCGAUUGACGUUAGACAAUAACGUCCUCCCCGCUUAACCAGUGAACGGGAAAUCACGUCUGGAGCUCGGGAAAUAUCAACUGAACCCAAACAUCAACUUCUCAGUCAUGUCUAAAGGCGGACUUCCAUGACUGUCAGGAUGCUCUUCAUUUGAUGGAUUAAGAGGCUGCGCCGAAUGAGUUCUUCUCCGCGUCUGUAACCGGCUGAAAUGAUGUUCCCACAUAUUUUGUGUGUGAUACUAUUCGGCACUGUGCACAUUGCAUCUUCUUUGGAGCUGCAGUCUGGCAUGCCAAAUGUUUGUGCCGACCAGGAGAUGUCCAUGUUGGGGGUCCGGCAGCCUUGUGUCCAGGCUUUUACCCGCAUGGUUAAGGUGUGGAAACAGGGCUGCACCAGCCACAGAUGGUGUAUGGGCUAUGAGAGGAGGACAGCAUACUACACAGUGUACAGGCAGGUGUACAGCAUGGAUUUGCACACAGUCUAUAAGUGCUGCCCUGGCUGGACUCGGAAGGGUGAAGAGAUGGGCUGUCUGCAUAGGGUGUGUGGAGCCAAUACAUGUUUCAAUGGAGGCCAGUGUUCAGAGACUGGAGAGCAGAUAUGUCAGUGUCCACUGGGCUUCAAAGGGACACGUUGCCAAUACGAUGUCAACGAAUGUGAAGUGGAUGACGGCGGUUGUGAGGGGUACUGCUGCAACACCAUCGGCAGCUACUACUGCAAGUGUCCUGAAGGCAGUAGACUGGGGCCAGAUGGCAAGGCAUGUCAAGAUCUUGAUGAGUGCGAGGAGCUCAAUGGAGGAUGCCAGCAAACGUGUGUCAACACACCGGGCUCUUAUCACUGUGAGUGCAGUGAAGGAUUCCGCAUGCAUGCCGAUGGUCGGACCUGCAUUGCCGUGAACUCUUGCUCUGUACUGAAUGGUGGGUGUGAGCACAAGUGUGUGGACAUGGGGGACAAUCACUACAAAUGUGAAUGUCGGAAGAACUACCAGCUGAAGAGAGAUGGGAGACACUGUGAACUGAUGGACCCCUGUGAGGACAGGAAUGGAGGCUGCGCCCAGCUGUGUCUUUCAGAAGGCAGCCGGGUUCACUGCAGCUGCCGACCUGGUUUUACACUGGCUGGAGAUGGCAAGAACUGUAAAGACAUAGAUGAGUGCAGUUCAGGCCACGCCAAGUGUUCCCAUGGAUGUGUCAACAUGCUGGGCUCCUUCAGCUGCGUGUGUCAUCCGGGCUUUGAGCUUGGUGCUGAUGGCAAACAGUGCUACCGCAUCGAGAUGGAGAUCGUCAACAGCUGUGAGAAGAACAAUGGAGGUUGCUCUCAUCACUGCGAGCACACCACCAACGGCCCGUUGUGCUCCUGCAACCACGGCUACCACCUGGACUGGGACAGGAAGACCUGUGUAGAUACUGAUGAGUGUGUCAGUGGGGAGUCCUGCUGCCGUCACUUCUGCAGAAACUACCCGGGCGGCUAUGAGUGCAGCUGCAGAGCUGGCCACAGACUGAAGCCAGACGGCUGUGGCUGCGAUGACAUCGAUGAGUGCGUAGCAGAUAUUUCGGGCUGUGAACACCACUGUGUCAACACCCUGGGAACAUAUGAGUGUUUUUGUGAACUGGGCUACCGCUUGGAUCAGGACCAGCACACCUGCAUUUCUCUGUAUGGCAGAGAGCUGGAAGAGGAAGGCGAAGAGGAGGGAGAAGAGGACGAGCAGCUGGAGGUCCACAGAUUACCAGACCUGCUGUUCCGCAAGGCUCCUCAGCUCCUGCAGUACACAGCAGCCCUGCACUCCCGCUAUGAUAGCGUUGGUGAUGAUGAUAAUGGUGGUGGUGGUGACAGUGAGAAAGAAUUAGAGAUCCAGAGAGAGCGUCGAGGAGAGCUCAGACUGGACAGCAGCAUAGUUUGUCUAGAUGGCUCGUUUGGGGACGACUGCACUGUGAGCUGCGGAGACUGUGUGAAUGGAGUGUGUAGUGAAAACAGAGACCAGUGUGAAUGUUCGGCUGGUUGGACUGGCACCAUCUGCAAUGAGACUUGUCCACAGGGGACCUAUGGGCAGGCCUGUAACAGCCUGUGUCGUUGUCAGAAUGGAGGCUCGUGUGACCCUGUGACUGGGAAGUGUUUGUGCCCCCCUGGGAUACAGGGCCAGCUCUGUGAGGAUGGUUGUCCAAGGGGUUAUUUCGGGAGGUUCUGCAGAAGAAAGUGCAACUGUCCCAACAACGGACACUGUCAUCGUCUGUAUGGAGGCUGCCUGUGCUCUCCGGGACUAUAUGGCCGCUUUUGCCAUCUGCCAUGUCCCAGGUGGACGCACGGCGCAGGCUGUUCCAAGGAAUGUGACUGUGUUCAAGAACAUUCCACUGGCUGUGACCCCAAAACAGGGAGCUGUUUCUGUAAGGCCGCAUACCACGGCCCACAGUGUGAGAAAGAAUGUGAGCAUGGCUUCUUUGGUGCAGGCUGUGAGCAGCCAUGUGACUGUCCAGGUGGAGGGUCAUGUGACCCCAGGACUGGAGAGUGCAGGCCGCGAUGUCCUGCAGGCCUUCAUGGAGAUAAAUGUCAGCUGGCCUGCCAGUCGUUAACCUAUGGCGAGAGCUGUCAUCUGACCUGUGACUGUAGAGGAGCUCCUUGUGAUCCCGUAACUGGACAGUGCAUCUGUCCUGCUGGGAAGACUGGACUCUCCUGUCAUGAAGACUGCCCUGAUGGAUUCUGGGGGUUGAAGUGCCAGUCACCUUGUCCAAACUGUGAGAACAAAGGCUCCUGCAACAAGCAGACUGGUGUGUGUGACUGCAAACCAGGCUUUACUGGGAGACUCUGCCAAAAUGAGUGCCUCCCAGGUCUCCAUGGACCAGGCUGUUCAUUACCCUGUUCAUGUCACCCUGAUGCAACUUGUGAGCCGCAGACUGGACGCUGUGUCUGCCCUCCUGGCAGAACAGGCCAUGACUGUGCAACAUCAUGUGAGUCCGGGUACUGGGGCCAAGACUGCCUCAGUAAAUGCCAGUGCAGAGAGAUAUCUGUUGGCUGUGACCCGGUCACUGGUAGGUGUGCCUGUGAGGCCGGCUUCAGCGGAGACUACUGUGAGGAGAAGUGUGUGAAUGGCAGUUAUGGGCAGGGGUGCGUCCAGCAGUGCCAGUGUCUGAAUGGAGCCCUCUGCGACCAUGUGAGCGGAGCCUGCACAUGUUCACCUGGAUAUGCUGGCACCUACUGUGAAAAAAUGUGCCCGGACGGCUUUUACGGUCUUGACUGUGGCCAGAUGUGCGAGUGCAGGAACGGUGCCCGCUGCCACCACAUCACAGGAGCCUGCCUAUGCACCGCCGGCUGGGCAGGACCACACUGCAUUCUGGAGUGCCCAGAGGGUCAUUAUGGGGAGCAGUGCGGUCAGACCUGUGAGUGUCAGAACGGAGCCAGGUGUGACCACGUCAGCGGGCGAUGCAGCUGUGCAGCCGGAUGGACUGGAGUCAGCUGCCAACUGCCCUGUCCUGCAGGACAGUAUGGGGAACACUGCUCUGGCCAAUGUCUGUGUCAAAACGGAGGCUCUUGUGAUAGCGUAAGCGGCCAGUGCUCCUGCCCGCCUGGCUGGACUGGAGCCGCCUGUGAGUUAGAGUGUGAGGAAGGGCGUUAUGGAGAGAACUGCACUCAGACCUGCAGCUGUGCGAACGGAGCGAGAUGUGACAGAGUGACAGGAAGAUGUGUGUGUCGGCCUGGUUGGAUGGGAGAGCUAUGUCAGAAAGCUUGUUCUAAGGGAUUCUUUGGAGAGGGCUGCGAGCAGAGGUGUGACUGUGUCCACAGUUUGAGUUGCCACCACAUGACGGGCCGCUGUGAGUGCGAGCCAGGCUGGAGGGGAGCCAGGUGUGACAAACCGUGCCUUCCGGGGUCCUUCGGUGCUUCGUGUGCCCAACGGUGUUACUGCCAGGCUGGAGUGUCCUGUCACCAUGAGACGGGGAGCUGUGGGUGUCCGGCUGGACUCACGGGGCCUGGCUGCGAGAAACCCUGUCCUGCUGGCAUCUUUGGGCAAAACUGCAGCCAGCUGUGCCAAUGUUCAGGAGAACAAGAGCAGUGCCAUCCUGUGACGGGGAAAUGUAGCUGCUUACCUGGUUACUACGGGGCACGCUGCGAGCUACGAUGUCGAGCAGGAACUUUUGGGCCAAACUGCAAGUCCAGAUGCAGCUGCAUCAACGGUGGUCGCUGUGACUUCAGGACUGGGACUUGCUACUGUCCUCCUGGCUUCAUUGGAGCCGACUGCAACUCAAGCUGUCCAAGUGGGUACUAUGGGAAGGACUGUGCUAAGCUGUGCUCCUGUGGGGAAGGAGGACAGUGUCACCCAGUGACUGGGAGGUGUAUCUGUGCCCUUGGUAGGAUGGGACAGUCCUGCCAACAAGCAUGUCCUCGGGGGCACUACGGCUUGCAGUGCAGACACACGUGCAGCUGUCAGAAUGGGGCUCUGUGUGAACCAGUCGACGGGGCUUGCAAAUGUGGACUGGGCUGGACCGGACCCCGCUGUAAUGCUGCCUGUUCACUGGGGAAGUAUGGGCCUGACUGUGCACAAGACUGUCCAUGCCUCAACAAUGGGACCUGCGACCGUUUCACUGGCACCUGCAGCUGUACUGCUGGAUACUAUGGCCACUCCUGUCAACACAAAUGCCCAUCUGGGUUUUUUGGAGUGAACUGUGCCCAUUCGUGUGACUGCAAAGUGGGGCAGACAUGUGACCAUGUGACAGGCCGAUGUGUGUGUCCACCAGGCUACUAUGGCUCACAAUGCCAAAGAGGGUGUGAAUCUGGCAGGUUUGGACUGAACUGUGGACAGUCAUGUGACUGUGCCGGCGAGGCCCCAUGUGACGCAUCGACCGGACGGUGUCUCUGUCCCCCAGGAAGGACAGGACAGAGAUGUGAAAGAGACUGUGGUGGAGACCGUUUUGGCCCUGACUGCUCCCUGCCGUGCCAGUGUUCCCACAGGGCUCGCUGUGAUGGGCAAAGUGGGCGAUGCAUGUGCCCACUCACCUGGCUGGGGCCCACCUGUAGUGAAGCACUGCUACACCAAACCCCAGGACUGCUGAACUUUUCUGUGUCCCAAAGAAAGAGAAGAGCAGGCAGCAAAACCACAUAACCCAAGCAGAGGUGCAAACUCCUGACUGGACGUUCAAACAUGGGGCUUGGCUCUGUGGAGCAUUACUCAGAUCAUCUUGGUAAAGGUGAUGUUAGUAAUAUUAUGUUUUUGUGAAACAGGUACUCAGCUGUCAGAAAGUGGCACUCCAUCACUGAGCCUGGAGCUCAAGGUAAUCUCCCAUUGGACCUGGCAUGUGAGGGGCCCUCAAAGGACCAUAAACUCUAAAUUUACCCCAGAUUGUCUGAGAUUUAAAGUCCAGGGUUACAGACUCCUCAGCAAUACACAAAUACCUGCAUCACAUUUGCCACUAGUGCUGAUGGAAAGUGGUUAAUAUGAUUUCCAGUUGUACUUAAUGAGCUGUUAAGGUUUCUUUCUUAAGGGCAUUUGGACAAGAUGUGACUGAAUCCGAGACCUUUUUGUCACUGGAGAGCCUUUACAGCCAACAUGUAGUUUUUUCAAUGUCUGUCCACACAAGUCUUGAUGGUUAGCGUUACAGAAUGCUAAGCAUAUUUCUGGUGAAAAUUAAAUGCCUCUAAAACAGACUCAGAAAGAUAUGGGUGACUUAUUCACCGAACCCCAAGAUGCAGACAUCAGCCAUUUUAUAUGAACCCCAGACAAUCAGUCAGGAGUUUCCCUUUCACGCAUGUACCACACAACAGGAGACUCUCCACGUCAGAUGCGUUCUCACUUACUGGAAAUACUCUAUUUGGUUUGGGCAAGUGUGGCGUCUGGGUAGAGUGUGCAGGAGGUAGGACAUGAUGCGGAUUACACCACAGAAAAGUAGCCAGUAUGUAAUUUGGUCACAGACAACAGGGUCUCAUGCUGUUCCUUGGAUUUGUCUGACAAUUUUGGCUUCGGCCCUUGAAUCUCGUCAUCUCUCCAGUUAGAUAUUUUUGUUGUCGUCUUCGUGUAUUGACCCUUCCUCUGCACCCUGCACCCCACAAGUCGCAUGAUAGAACCAUCAACACUCCCACUCACUUGCUGUGAAUUCUCCAGACAGUUAUCUGCUCUAUUCUCACUUGGCUCAAUCGGACAUUACACAGACCUUGCACUAGGAAGCUAGCAGGAUAAAGGGGCUAUACAGGGACCGCAAGCAGGUGAGCUACAAAACUAUGGUCCAAAAGAAGCAGGGGAUGUUUCAUAAUGAAAAUCACCUCUAGACAUAUUUAAAGACAGGUGUUCCCAACUGGUGGGUUGCAGUCCAAAAGUGGGUCUCGGGUCUAUUCUGAAUGAACCACAAGUGAUUCGCAAACAUGUCAAGUUUGUAAAAAACACACUUUAUUUUUAAGCACAGUAAAUUUCCAGCGCAGAGCUUUUAUUUUGAAGUGUCGUGUCCUGCUGUAGAGUGAGUGACUAACAGACAGCUACUUGACAGAGACAGCAAACUAGCUCAACAACAAGUAUGACGCUGACCUUGAACUAAUGACUAAGGAGAAAUCUGGACCCUGUGGCUGGACCAGUUGGGAACCACUGUUUUUAAGAUAUGAAAAAAAAACCUCAGCUUUAACUGAUAAUUUAUAUCUUGUGUGUUUUCCCACAAAAAGUUGAAUUGCCUUGUCAAAAAACAUAAAAUUACAUCCUACUCAUCUCAUCAGUGUGCAAAGAUCCCCAAGAUAGCGUUUGCAUCACUAUCAGCCCAUUACAGUGGUUCACUUCCACCAUAGCGAACCACAUAACACUGAAAUGGCUCUGUGUCAUAUACAGAGGAAUUUUAUAUUUCUUAUGUGUGUUUAUUCCCUUGUUUAUAAUUUGUUGAUACAAGUUUAUAUUUUGAUUUAGACAUUUGCCUUGUAUUCUUUGUGAAACUACGUCAUUAUUCCAAAGAAAGUAACCCAGCUUGUUGGUUCAUUACAAAUUAUUCUGAACAAAUAUUCUUCCAGUUAUGGGACUGUUUCACAAGAAUAGACUCCGUAACUUAUUUUAUUUCUCAUACAUGUCUGUAAAAAUAUUGUUUGUCCAUAAGUUAUUUCAUCGUGGCUCAUAGAAUCUGAAUAUGACAUGAACAGGUUUUAUUUACCAGCAACACUCUCCAUUUACCAGCAUUGAUCACGUUUUUUAUUUUACUUUUUAUUUUUUAUUGCAGUGCUGGUCGCGAAAUACUGCACACAAAACUUGCAUGCAUUGCACUUUUUUCACAUUUGUGUUUAUUGAGUCAGCAGCUGAUACAGAGUUUGGGAGUCUUAUAGAAAAUGAUCAAGUUGAUGUUAAUACUUUUUCUGCCAUACCUGUACACUUGUCUAUGGUUGCACAAUAUUGGAAGCCUUAUUUUACAACAAGAUAAAAGCCAUAUCACUACUGCUAUCAUUUACCAUACAUGUGCAUUUGAUUUAAAGGGGAUGCGGCUGUAUUUGUAUAUCUCAGGUCAGUGCCAGUUAUAUCAGUCAUAACCUACUGUGUUGUUUUUCCUGGCGUACCUUUGUCAGUGGUGCUAUUUGACACAUUUUGUUUGUAUAAAGUUGAUGAAUUCACUCUUACUGUUAUCUUCUUCUUUGUAUUUCAUGUAUUUGUGUCAUUGUAUCAUCUGUGGUUGUGUUUUGACAAAAUGAAAAAGAGCCAUGAACCAAAUAAAUACCAGAA